AUGGCGGAGGCUGCCGAGAUCUCCCGCCCCAUGGUGGGCUCCAUGAGCGGCGCGCCCGUGUCCGGCUCCACCUUCCGCAACAGCGAGUACACGCGCGAAGCCAUGGAAUCCUCUCGUCUCACCGAGUCUGGAGGCCGCGAGAGCGCCAUGUACGGCCCUGGCGGCCAGCGACAGACCGAGAUGAAGCUCAUGGCCGUCGAGCCGGACCUCGGCGCGGCCCCAGAGCGUACCAAGGACUACAAAGGCCGCAUCCGCACGUGGCCCGGUCUCCUCUUGCUGCUGGCCAUCGUGGCCGCCGCUGUGGCCCUCAUCACCAUCAACGCCAUCGACGUGCAGGACCAGGCGAACAUCAACGCCCAGCGGUACGAGAACGCAGCGCAGAACCGUCGGAAGAUCAAAGACGGACUUGACGACGACAACGUGAUCGUCUCGGACGACGGACAAGUGGGCAACCCCAAGAAAUAUCCCGAUAUGGGCUGUGAACUGCCCGAUUACCAGAGUAAAAACGGCCAGAUCUUUGCCGUCGCUAAGAACGGCACGGAGGUUCCUGUGGGUAUCAAGGGCCUCAACUGGUUCGGUAUGGAGACAGGUCUUGCCAUCCCCUUCGGUCUCUGGGAGAACAUGGACAACGGCACUUCAGUGUACGAAGUGGCGGCCUUCCUGGCUCGCAACAAGUUCAACAGUGUACGUCUGCCCGUGUGCAUUAAGAACAUCCUAAAAGACGUGGCGCCGGACAAAUCUUUGAUCAAUUUGAACACCAACCGCGCCAUCAACAUCACGUCGUACAUUACGACCAUCCAGACGAUCGUCGAAGCGCUGGGCUACCGUCACAUCACAGUCAUGAUCAGUCUCCACACUUUGGACCCGAAGAAAUCCGGCGGUGCCUGGUUCAGUGAAGAUCUGGGCGUAUCAGAGGACGAUUUCCUGGACGCUGUGGACAUUUUGACCAAGAAUCUGUGCAAGUCCAGAUACUGGAACAUUCUGGGUCUAGAUCUUAAGAACGAGCCCCACGAGUGUUCAUGGGGUGGCGAGGAUCCAGACUGGCAGAAGGGAGCCACUCUGAUCGGUAACAGGAUGCUGGAAGGAUGUCCCAACUGGCUGGCAUUCGUUGAAGGUAUCGCUUCUAAGGGCACGAUCACACUCAAUGGCGAAGAGAACACCUACUUCGAUUGGUGGGGCGGAGGUCUCGCUGAUGCUGGCGGCGAUCCGAUCACGUUUGACGUCGAGAACAAGCUCGUGUGGGCUCCUCACUACUACAAUACCGGCGUGAGUCCUGCCUGGUAUCUCUAUGCUUCUGGCACCCAGAACGCCGAAGGAGCCCGUGAAGAUUACGUUGAACUGGACGACGAUACGCUGCGCAACAAUGUCGAAAAAACCAUGGACAAAAUGUUUGGAUACCUGGUCACUUCGGACCCUAAUACUGCCAUGGUUAUGGGGGAAUUCGCUGGUCUGUACGGCAAAGACGCCCACCCGAUGAAGACUACGAAGCGCACAACCGAUUUCACCAUCGAGGUUAUGGUCAAGGCAGGGUACGCUGGUGGGUACAUGUGGUCGCUCAACCCGGAGAGUGCGUACCAGUACAACCCAGCUGAUACGUACGGCACGUUCACCGAAGGUCUGCUGGAAGAUGACUGGCUCACACCCAACAAGGCUUUCGUGGAAGGCAUGGCUGCUCUUGACGACAUUAAGGACCUCAAGAUGUUCCCGUGCUUUGAAGUGGAGGUGGAGAGCGACGCCGGGUCUGAGUAA